AUGAGUGUCCACACCCCCUUUUUGCCGCAAUCUCAGUAUUGGAAAGAACACCAGCUUGUCCCGCUGGGUUUGGCAGCUGGGGGAGUUGUGAGCUUGGGAAUUGCAUCGGUGGGUUUUGCGUGGUGGUACGGUGCGGACUAUUUUCAUCACCAGGGGGCCUAUGACCGUAAUUGGGUGGGUUACGACGUAUUCACAUUCGUUGGCCUGCUACUAUUCACCGUGUGUUCCUCUUCCGGUGUGACGCUGCUAUAUGUGGGUGUGAGCGCCCUGUUGCACGCAUGGCACAACUCACUGGGGCUAGUUGCUUUCGGUGCCGUAGGCAGCGCUUUCACUGCUGUUGGAUGCCUGGGAAUGAUCUGGGGAAAGGAAACGAUGCAGUGCCUGGGUGUUUUCUGCGUUGGCACGAAGAAUUACGUUGAGGUGCCUGGAUUGAGACCGGAGGCCGGCAUUGGUUUCCUUUCCGUCGUUGGCAUUACGGUGUUCUUUUCGCUUGCACCGAUGGGUCUCACGAUGUUGCUGCAGGUGGCUCUAAGGGUGACCGGCGUAGAUCGCCGUUGGCUUGCGCCAGGACUCCAGCAACUAGGCAUGAACCGAGUGCGUGUUGUUCCUCUCGCCGCAUCCGCUUUGGUUCUCGUUUUGUGUUGGGUGUUGAUUACGUUUUACGUCCCCAACUCGUGGGAGUAUUUUUCGGCGAGCAGGAUUGCGAAAAACGCGCAGCUGCGCGCCACAACAAACUACACGCUGUGUCAAACGGCGUGGGACCAGUUCACGUGCCCGGAGCUUCCGUGGUCGUGGGUUUUCACGCGUAACUGGGUGUGGAGCAACAUGUUGGUGCUGAAGAUGUAUCCGAGCAACAUGUUUUUCUUUGCGUACUUUUUGAUCCUGUUGCUGAUGGUCACCGCUAUUCGUGUGAGCCGCAGCGGGCGCAUGUUCCUGAAGCGACGGCUCCCUCUUUUGUGGGACUUUACCUGGGGUGAGGCGGGUUUUGCACUUUUGACGGUGACGAUGUUGCUUCUGUUUUUCCUGUACUGGAUACAGUGCCACAAUUUUAAAAUGCUCUUUGCUGGAGGGAAUGAUGCAGGUAUGGAGGCCGUGCAGCGGUGGGCUCGUUCGUUUGGCCAGCUGGCGGUUGCGUUGUUGUCGCUGUUAAUUUUUCCGUCAACUCGGUUUUCCUUGCUGCACUCCAUUUUUGGGACCUCGUGGGAGUCUUCGCUUUGGGUCCACAAGGUGCUGGGGUACGGGAUGCUGCUUGCGACGGUUGCCCACAUGCUUGCCUGGUAUGUCUUUUAUGGGCAGAUGGGGAAACUUCCACGUGCUAUAUUUUCUAUUCCGCCGAUGGACCCCCCCCUCCAUGUUGACAACUUCACUGUUCCAUUGGUUUCGCUGACGACGUGGUUUAUGCUUGUGGCCAUGGGUGUUUUUGCGCUGGAGCCGGUGCGACGCAGGUUCUUUGAGCUGUUUUACUACCUGCAUGUUUUGUCGUUCUACAUGAUUGUUCCUACGGUGCUGUGGCAUGCUGCCGCGGCGUGGGAAUACCUCCUGCCUGGGCUGACGGUGUGGUUUGUGGACCGGCUGCUGCGGCUGCACCGGAGUGCGUCGAGGGUGGAAGUGGUGUCUGCCGUUGCGAACGGCUCGUUUGUGGAGCUGAGCUUCCGUCACGUGACGCUGCGAGCGGCGCCUGGGCAGUACGCCUUUGUGAAUAUUCCUGAACUAUCUCUAUUACAGUGGCACCCGUUCAGCCUAAGCAGUGCUAGGGAGGGGUGCUACACGCUUCACAUCAAGUCUGCAGGUGAAGACAGCUGGACGGGGCGGUUGGUGAAGUUGGUGGGCGAGUGCGGCAGGGGCUUCUCACUGAGUGUUGACGGGCCGUGUGGACGCGUCCAGGAGUUCGACGACUACCGUGCCGUUGUGCUUGUUGCCGGAGGCAUUGGCGUGACACCGUGCGCCGCAAUCUACACCCACCUGCGUCGGCAGAGCGCAGAGGCUGGUUGGGCCCCUGCCGUAACACUGCUGUGGUCUGUUCGUGACGCCGCUCUAGUGUCCAUGAUGUCGCACCUGUGGAGUGACGGCGAGGAAAGUUAUUUGGUGAAUGCUGACCUGUUGGAGUCUGAUGUUGUCUCGCAUUCAGCGAGCUCUGCCAGCGAAGUGCCUCCGUUACGACUGUUUGUGACGGGGGGCUUCGAGUGCAGCAGUGUUUCCCAAAGGGAUGUUGCUGUGUCGACAGGGCGACUCGACGCCGCAGCGGAGAUUUCCCGCGUCAUUGGCGACGCGGAUCCCCGCUCAGUGUUGGUGUUUGCGUGUGGUCCGGCUGGUCUGGUGAGAAGCGCGAGGGACGCCGCCCUUUCGCUUGGUGCAAGUUUCCACGAUGAGAAGUUCUCACUGUAG